UUUACAUUUAAAACAUCUAUAAGUCUAAAAUAACUUGUCAACCAUCCAAUGUCCGUGAAGAACGAGUGACUGUUGACUAACCUGUUUCCAACCUGUCACCGAACAUGGAUUACCACCACCGCCAUAUGGAACAGCAGCAGUGGGGCUACUGGCCGCCGGCGCCCGCGCCAGCAGCGGCUCCGGCUCCCAGGAGCAAACGCACGCAUUCGGAGAGCGAGGAUGAUGCGUUCUCGGAGGAGAGCAGUAAAGAUGCCACUUCUCCCGGCGGUGACUCCUGUCAACUUAUGACGCGCAAACGCCGCCGAGGCGUCAUUGAGAAGAAAAGACGUGACCGCAUAAACACCUCCCUCACCGAGCUGAAGAGGCUUGUCCCAGCAGCUUGUGAGAAACAGGGCAGCGCCAAGCUGGAGAAGGCGGAGAUACUGCAGUUGACUGUGGACCACCUCAAGAUGUUACAUGCUAAAGGUCUCGACACGUUCGCAUACGACCCCCAGCGUUAUGCCAUGGACUACCACAGCAUCGGCUUUAGAGAGUGCGCGGCCGAGGUCGCCCGCUACCUCGUCAGCUGCGAAGGCCUCGACAUCCAAGACCCUUUGCGGCUACGCCUCAUGAGCCAUCUACAGUGCUUCGCUGCGCAGAGGGAGCUAGCAGCGAAAUCCGCCAACUGGGGAUAUCCUCAGUACCCUACACCAGUACAGCCUCAGCCGCAACAUGGUUAUACGGAGCUAAGACCAGAAGCAACCACCUCAACUGCGACGACAACUGUUGCUGCUCCUAUGGCUGUAGCCGCACCGUUAUCCGCCCCUCCAUCUUACCCCCACUACCCCGCCCCUCCAGCACCUCCAGCGCCCCCUGGCCCUCAUCCCGCACCACCUGUACCUCAUUAUCCUACUCCGUAUCCUCACCAGCCCACGCAUAACCAGUAUUCGCAGAAUAGCUCGAAACCUUAUAGACCUUGGGGUGCGGAGUUAGCUUAUUAGAUUGAGGAUAUUACUAAUUAGGUUUACUCCAUAUUGGAGUUGAUGAAGUAUAGUCAUUUAUCUUUCAAAAAUUUAGUCUAUGAGGUACUUAAAUAUGUACGGUAAACGUUAUUUUGCUUUUGUUGGUCGAACGUUAAUUGGAAUUGAAAAUAUUGAAUAUUAACCAUUACAAAUUGAACCGAAAACUGUAACCGUCAGUUACGGUUUAUGGUUCAAUUUGUAAUAGUUAAUUUUUAAUACUAAUUAACUUUCGGUCAAUACUGUUAUUUUGUUUGCUGGCAGCCUUUUUGAUACUUGACUUGACACCUUGUUUGCUAGCAAUAAAGAUUGAAGGCAACUAUUAGGGACAUGUUAAACAUUGGGAUAUUUAAUAAAUAUUGCUCAAUAUAUUUAAUUAAAUAGUCAUCAAACGUCUGUCUUGUCAUUAAUGUCAUCAUUAACUUAUAAAACAAUUAAAAUAGUACUUAUUUGAAAUUACUUAUCGACAUAUACUUACCGGGUGGCCUUUGUAACACGAGCAAUAAAUUAAACUGUAGUUUGUACUGUUCAAAAGCCUUCAUAAUUUUUAAAAGUUGUUAAACAAAAGUUUUAUAAUUUCAGGGGAAGGUACAAUAUAUUUUUAAAUUAUUUACUCGUAUUGCACGGCCCACCCGGUACACUAAUUUGAUAAGGUACGGUCACGUCUGAUAAUAUCGAUACGAAUAAAGUGCCAAAAAUAUGUAUACACGACUUUAUCGACAUAUAUUUGGCAUAUUUUUCGUAUCGAUAUUUUCAGACGUGACUGUACGUAUAUUAUUGUGUCACGGUUUAUGAAAAUGACCAGUUCCUAAAGGUCCCGUUUUUGUACUCACAAAUUGUACGCAAUAUUUGUUUCAUCAAUCGACAUAUUGUUUAAUUUAAGCCCUCAAUAGGCUAUGAUUGUAGUAUUUAUGUUUUCUUAGUUUGACCGGGCCUUAUUAGAAUGGCGAGCAGUCUUAUUAGGACAUUUGUUUUACGAUAAGCAAUUGAAAUAUGGUUUUAAAUCGAUUUUUAUACAAUUUCCAUUCUGAUAUUUAACUCCCCAUUUCAUAAAUAACGAUACUUUUACCUGUCGGUGAGUAAGGUUGCCAGAGCUCAACGAGGGGGGACGGGGUUAC